GUUUACGCAAGACCGGAAUUUUCUUAUCUGUUCCUUGAAGUUCCGCUGCCGUUUUAUUCUUCUCACUAGUGAGAGAAAUGUAUUGGGGAACAAUUGCCAUUGCCUGCCUGACAGUAGUAUUGGGCUGUGAUGGUGCACGUAUCCUGGGAUUGGCACCAUUCUCCAUGCGGAGUCAUUGGAUCGUGAUGGAACCUCUCUUCCAGAAGCUGGCUGCCGUAGGACACAACGUCACCGUCUUCUCAUCUUUCCCCCAGAAGACACCAUUGCCCAACUACAAAGAUAUUGAUUUCUCUCAUAGAAUGAAACCGAUAGUAGAUACAUUUACUUUUGAUAUGAUCAAAACGACUUUGCCAAGUCCAUGGGUGGCAACAUUUUUCUUUAACUCAUCACAUGGAUCUAGUUGUAAGCUGCUAGAUGAACCGGAAUACAAGGACCUGCUGAGAGCAAAAGAUAACUAUGACAUCAUAAUAACUGAAGUAUUUGGAAAUGACUGUUUUCGCUUAUUAUGCGUACAAGCUUGGAAUUCCGAUGAUUUCGAUUACGACCGUUAUCAUGCACUUUUACAAAGCAGACCUUUCCCUCCUAACGUUGUUGAAAUUGGAGGAAUCCAUAUUAAGGAGAAACAACCAUUAGCGAAGGAUCUACAGGAACUUUUGGAUAAUGCAAAGAAAGGAGCUAUUGUAAUGAGUUUUGGAUCAUUGGUUCGCACAUGUACUUUACCAAAACACGUAAUAAGAAUGUUCAUGAACGUUUUCUCAAGAAUACCACAGAUUGUUAUUUUGAAAUACGAAGAGGAUUUUCCAGAGGCUCCAAAAAAUGUGAUAAUGAGGAAGUGGUUGUCACAGAGAGAUUUGAUAGAGCAUGAAAACGUCGUAGCUGUGAUCGCACACGGAGGCCUAUCAAGCACUAUUGAGGUGGUGAAUUUUGGCAAACCCAUGAUUGGAAUUCCCUUCUUCACAGACCAGUUUCGCAAUGUUAAAUUGGUAGAAGAGAAAGGCGCUUGUAUCUAUCUUGACAUAAAAUGA